CCGUUCCUCAGGAAGGCGACGAGACAGGCCGUCAAGGGCCAACAGGCCCCUGAGGCCUGAGGGUGGGGUGGCAAUGUGGCCGCUAAGGGUCUAUACCAACAAGAAGCAGGCCGGCCAGAGACUCAACCUAACCCCGACGCCCGACCUAGCGGAUCCCCGCCUUGGUCCAGGCCGAAGGCUCGCUGCCCACUGUAAGCCCCGUCGAGCGGGCCUCCAGGGCUUUUGCCCUGAAACGUGUCGCUCUCUCUCAGGCCUGAAAAGAAAUGACAAAGCGCACGGUUUGCGGAAGAUUGCGGAGAAAGCGGAGCGGAGUGGGCAGGGAGCUGGCUGCUCUGGGCUGCCCAGCACUCAGUUAAGACUUACAGGAGAGAAAAGCCCGCAAGAAAAGAGCGCUAGUGAAGAGCCCCAGGAUGAGAAGAUUGCUCCAUUGAGUGAGUCAGUGCCUGAUGACCUCCAGAUUGACAGUAGUUCAUCAAAUAGUGAACUAGUAUCUGGACUAAGUUUGCAGCAUGGUAUUUCUAGUUCUCUUCUGAGCUGUUCAAUCACAGCCUCUGACACAGAAAACAGGAGUUUUGAAGAGAGUUUAAGUAGCUUUCCAUCGCCUGAACUCUUCAGAGGAUCAGAUUAUUUAGAUUGGGAGAGUCCCAAGUUAGAACACACGCAAUACAAGAAUUCAACUCUUCUGGAUACCAGUAAAGCAGUACCGAUAGAGAAGGCACCACAGUUUUCAAACCUCUCUGCAGUUUUAAGUACCUCUUCAGAAGACUAUCAGAAAUACCACAGAAAAAUGGUGAUGAUGUUAGCAGACCAAAAUAUUUCUCCCAAACCAAAGAGUACUUCAAAUUCAGAAUCAGAUAAUGCAGCUUGUGAAGUUUUAUUUUCUGAGAAAACUUCCCCUUCAACCUCUGAAAAAACAAAGAAAAAACCUGAAAAGGGUCCUGAACCUAGAGUUACAAAUUUUCAGACAAAGCUAAGCUCUCAUCAUCUAGAAAUCAAGGUUCCAUCAUCUCACCAGAAGUCUGCUCUUGAAAGUAAUGCAGGUAGAUCAGUUACCAAAGUUCUGCUGCCUCAGUCCCUGGAACCUGCGUUGAACACAAAUUCCAGUAUUCCUGAUAAGAAAAGCAGAGGCCUGUUAACAAGUACUCCAUCUUCACAAACAGCUGAUUUCGUGAUUGAUUUGUCCUCAGUGCAAAAAGCAUCUGUUGAAGAACUAUUUCCAAAUGUCAGCAAAUAUGUUAAUUCAAAUGAAAUUGUUUCUGGGUCAAGUUUGCAAGAAAAUCCUUCAAAUGAGGUUCCUUCAAAUGCAUCGGAAAUAUGUUGUAUCAUUAGAGCAUCACCAGGAACUAGACAAGUGAAAAGUAAAGGUAUUACUGUAAAGAAGAAGAAAUAUUCUCCUCCUAAAGAUAUUCCUCAAGAUAUUAUAAUAAAAACAAAUGGCAGGAUGUAG